AUGAAAACCAUAACCUUACAUCGUUCUUCCGGCCAAGACUCCACCGGUGGCAAGACUAAACAAAUCGCUAACGGCUUGUUGCAAUCGAUCACAACCUUAUGGUUUCUAUGUGCUAGACAAGCGGUUAUAGCAUCAAGAAAGUUUAAGGAUAACUCAAAAAUCUCCCCUGACUCACCUAUGAUUCGAAGACCCAAGAAGCUUAUUGCUUCAAUAAGUAACAAGGCGAUCAAAUUGCGCCAACGGAGAAAUAGGACACGAGAAAAUGGGAAUUUCAGAGAUGAUCAUAACAUGGUUGGAGAUGAAGGGUUAUGGAAAAGGGAGAUUUUGAUGGGAGAUAAGUGUCAACCAUUGGAUUUCUCUGGUGUUAUUUAUUAUGACCGAGAUGGAAAACGGACUGAUGAGUUUCCCAUGCGGUCUCCACGAGCUAGUCCACUUCCUAAUUAUGUCCCAAAGUUUAAUUGGGUCCCGCCCCAUGAGCGAUAA